CUACACAAGAUAAUGAACAACGAAACGAGUAGAACCAAGAGAACAUCAUACACAGCUACAGAACUAAUACUGGAAGAAUAAAUUGUGAAUUUUACCUCCAGAGAGUGAAUUGAAAGGUGGAAACAUGAAAGACUUAAUUUGAAUGAAUAUGACUAUCUCCCAGACAACACCUUUUGUGAUGCGGGGAGGAUGGGAGGGGCUAGGGCACUUACAGAUAAAUUCAAUAAAUAAAUAAAUGAAGAAAGGGGAAAAGGAUUCCCUGAGUGAAUGAAGAAUCAAGAUAAUAUUGAGCCUACCAAAUUCCACUGAAGGACCUGUUAGCACAACUCCCACCACCCAUGCAGGAAUGCUGUAACCUGAUGAAGUGUCUGAGGACACAUUUGAAUUCAGGAAGAUUAAUUUUCCUGACUUUGGGUCUCUAUCCAUUGUGCCACCUGACUGCUCUACUGGUGUCUUAACCACGUUGGAAAAGGCAAGGGACUCACCUGAAGGGUGGAACUAAAGUUGCAAGAAAUUGAGGAAGAUACAUCAAGACACAAUAAUCUCAGAAGGAUUCUACUCCUUUCCAAAUCCUGGAGAGAUAAGAAAAACUAGCAAAAAAUAUUUUUCUCACAAUAAUUUUGUUUACAAAAUAUUUGUCCCUUUAUUUCUGAACUGUUCUAAGGAAGUUAAUUAAACAGAAACAAGGAAGAUUUGUGAAUAAAGUAAAAUUUCUUCAAAGGGCUGAUGCUCCAAAAAUAUAUCAGCAGGCUCAGACAAGUUUGAUAUAAUGAGAUUUCUAUUUUUGUUUGACUUUUGGCACUUCAUUUGAACUAAAAACUGACCUCCAGUUGCUACAGAGACUUUUUUCCUAAUAAGUUUGUUAGCCUGAUUACAAUUUUUUUUUUUUGUAAACCCAAGUAACUUUAAAUGAGUGAUUUUGAUAUUAAUCCCUGGGAGUAUCUGUACAACUACUUGGAUACUUUAGAUGCUGACCAAAUUUUUGCAUUUGUGGUGUGACACACUGCAUCAGAUUGUGCCAUAUUGGAAACUGUCAACGGAAGCAGAUAACAAGAAGCAAAAGAAGAAAUCUCUUCAGAGACACUGGAUGAGAUGGCAGAGGCUUCAGUGGGUCCCUUACCUCUCCCUGUAACAAGGAAAAAGAAAAGUGUGUCUAUUGAAGAAAAGAUUGACAUCAUCAAUGCAGUAGAAAGUGGUAAGAAAAAAGCAGAGAUUGCUGCCAAAUAUGGAAUAAAGAAAAAUUCACUAUCUUCAAUUAUGAAGAAUAAAGACAAGGUUCUAGAAGCCUUUGAAUCUUUAAGAUUUGAUCCCAAAAGAAAAAGACUCAGAACUGCUUUUUACACAGAUCUGGAGGAGGCAUUAAUGAGGUGGUAUCGAAUUGCCCAGUGUCUAAAUGUACCAGUUAAUGGUCCAAUGUUGCGUCUCAAAGCUAACGAUUUUGCUCAGAAACUGGGACAUAGUGAUUUUAAGUGUAGUAAUGGUUGGUUAGACCGCUUUAAAUCAAGAUAUGGAUUAGUAUUCAGAUCUCAGCAUGUAGAAACUGCAGCAACCUCUGUAGAUGCUGCCACUGUCUGGGUGCAAAAUGUGCUUCCAUAUUAUUUAAGUGAUUAUCACCCCAAAGAUAUAUUUAACAUAAAAGAGACUGGUUUGCUCUAUCGAAUGUUGCCUGCUAAUACUUUUGCAUUUAAGGGGGAAGCAUGUUCAAUUGGAACACUAAACAAAGAAAGGAUCACUCUAGUAGUUGGGUCAAAUAUGGAUGGCUCAGAGAAGCUUCCUUUGCUUGUUAUUGGGAAAAAGAAAAACCCACUUUGUUUUAAAAAUGUAAAAUCAUUACCUGUAGAUUAUGAAGCAAACAAAAUGGCAUGGAUGACCCCUGAAGUCUUUGAGCUGUGGAUGCAAAAGCUUGAUGAAAAAUUUCAAGCUCAGAAACGACGAGUUGUGGUUUUUCUCGAUUCUUUACCAGCACAUCCAGAACUAAAAAGUCUAAAAUCCACUCAACUAGUUUUCUUUCCAUCUUUAUCUUCCCAAUUUGUAGCUAUGAAACAAGGUGUUAUUAAAAAUCUUAAGGUCAAAUACCGAUUUUGUCUCGUCAAGAAAUUUUUAGACUCUGUCGAAAGCAGCAAAGAAUUUACUUUCUCUCUUCUAGAUGCAGUUGAUAUGUUACAUCUGUGUUGGAGAGCUGUAACCCCAGAGACUAUUGUUGAGAGUUAUGAAAAGGCAGGAUUUAAAUCACAACAUGGAGACUGUGGUAAGACAAAUGGGGAAGUUGAAAAUGGCCUAGAUUUAGUUGCCCAUGCUCUCGCUGCAGGAGUAGAAUUUCCAGAAGAUUUAUCUCUGGAAGAAUAUGCAUCCCUGGAUGAUGAUUUGAUGACAUGUGAAACAGCUUCAGAAAGUGAGGUGACAUGGACCAAAGAAGAUAAAACAAAUGAAAUGGACUGUUAUACUUCUGAUGAAGAGGAUGAAGAUGGAUCUCCAGAAUCCGAACUACUUUUGCCAUCAAUAAAGGAGGCAGUGACUGCUUUAGAAACUCUUAAAAAAUUCCUCAGAAGUCAAGAAAUCAAUGACACCCUUCAUGAUUCUUUAGCAGAUCUUGAAAAUUUUGUCCAAUGUUUAUCACUGAAGUAAUUAUCAAAUGUAAGUUAUCUAAGAAGGAAUAGACUUUUCCUAAUUCCAUUGUAAAAUUUAAGGAAUAUAAAUGGAAAAUAUAAUUGGAAAACAAAAAUGAAAACCAUAUAGUCUUGGGAACUUGUGAUUUAAUUGCAAAAGCCUUUUACUCUGAGUUAACAAAACUGCCUAGGAAAGGUGAACUAAAAACGUGUCAAUUAGGUGUGAUGAUUAAGUGAAAAACUUUAAUUUAACAAGCAAUAUAGGUUUGAGAUAUUUUCCUUAGGCUCUUUACUUGGAAAAUAUGGUUUACAUCUUUCUAAAUGAGAAUAACUUUGACUCACACCUUCAGAUUGAAUCAUUGCUAUUUUCUUUUUUUUUCUAUAACUUUUACCUUCCAUGUUGAAAUCAAUACUGUGUAUUAAUUCUAAGGCAGAAGAGUAGUAAGGGCUAAGCAUUGGGGGUUAAGUGACUUGCCCAGCGUCACACAGCUAAGAAGUGUCUGAGGCCAGAUUUGAACUUGGACCUCCCAUCUCUAGGCCUGACUCUCAGUCCACUGAGCCACCCAGGUCCCCCCGCCCCCCAUUUUCUAUUUCUUUUCAGAAGUGUAGGUUAAGAUCCCGAUAGUUUAAAGUGAUCUUUUCUGAGGAAUCAGUAACUAAGGUGAACAGCAAUUAUCUUCAAAGCAUCUUAUAAUGGAAGCAUGAACAAAAAUGGCUCCAAGUGUAUGUUGUAGAAGUAAUAGAUAAUAUUUAUUAGCAUAUAUAAUGUAUGUAUAUAGUAGUGUAUGCAAUAUAAUAGGAUUUUUAUGAAGAAGGCAAUUUGCUUUACUUACUGACCUCUUCAGAUAGUCUAAUAAGACUCAGAUGGAUCAUUUCUUUGGUUUACCAAGUAGCCUGGUUUUUUUCUAGGGAUUUCUGAUAUUUUAUUAAAUAAGUAAUUGUGAAAAGCAGCAAUUCAUGUACUCAUGAAAAUAUCCAAGGUGAGCAUACUGACAAUGAUAAAUAUAAUAUAUAUAUAUCUACAUAUAUCUACGUACACAUGCACAUAUAUUGUCUGACAUUAUUUAAAGGGUCAUUUGUAAAUAAGGGAUCAGAUGAAAGAAAAAGACCCCACAGUGUCUUCUUGAUUUCCCUAACUUGUAGUGAAGUUAUAUCCUUUGAAAAGGCUUUUCCCCCCUAAGUUAAAUGUAAAUACAGAAAGAUUGUGCAUUAUUUUCAUUAGAAAUUGUAACAAUCUCUUGUAGUAUUUAAUAUGCAUAGUAAUACAACUUUCAUCAAAUAAAAUGUGCCAAAAUUUGUAAAAUAUACAUGCCACAAGCAUUUUUAUUUAUAAACGAGAUCUCACAUGCUAUUAGAUAUUUCUCUAAUUUUGCCAAUACCUUUUUAAUCUAAACAAUUUAUUUUUUGUUUUGAUGAAAAAUGUAGGGUUUUUAAAAUAAAUUUUAACAUCUCAGCUAUAUUUUUAUCUAUUCAGUCACUUUUAUGUGCAGAUUCUAACAUAUUUAUCUAAAUUUUCCUUUGGAAUAGUGAUAGUCACACUGAUUGCCUUUAUAAUGGUAAAGCAUAUAUCCAUUCAUAAAGUACAUGAUGAAAUAAUGGAAUAAUGUAACUCACUGCACUUCCAAAAUUUUGGCUGAAUCUUACUAAGACUCUUACUAUGUAUUCUCUUCAAAAAUUUAUCCAUGACUAUUUGGCCAACACACAUAAAGCUAAUCUGAGGUGUCUUGUCAAAACAAGAGAAAUUUUUGUUUAGAUUUUUUUCUACCUAUUCAAAGCUGACUGCAGGGAAUAAACUGAAUUUGUUUUUCUUUCAACAUUCAGUAGUCCAAGCCCUAACUUA